CCAAUCCCUCGUCGUCGUCGUCCUCCAGCCAGAAAACCAAACGCGGAAAAAGGAGGAGGAGAAGUGAAAAAGGUAAGAGGGCGGCCGCCGGCCGACGCGUCCUACCCCCCUCCCCCGGUCUCCGCGCCGCGGCUUGUGCGUCCGGAGGCUGGGCGCCAUGGAGGCGCUGUGGAAGCAGGCAUCUAGGCUCAAGGAGCAGGUCUCCCGCCAGGGUGUGUUUAAGCCGUUUGGAGCUGCCUAUGGAAAUUCAGAUAAUGCGUUUACAGAUGAAUCAGAAGUUAAUCUACACCAGAGGCUGGAAAAACUAUACCUAUCAACUCGUGCUGCUAAACAUUUUCAAAGGGACAUUGUGCGGGGUGUGGAGGGAUACAUAGUCACUGGAUCCAAACAAGUGGACAUAGGAAAUAAAUUGUCCGACGAUAGCCAGAAAUAUGGCACAGGAAACACAUGUACAAGUGGUAACACUUUAUCCAAGGCUGCUACAUAUUAUGGGAGGGCUCGUUCUAUGAUGGAAAAGGAACGUGGGAACAUGUUGAGAGCAUUUGGUACACAGGUGGCAGAGCCACUGCGAGCAAUGGUUAUGGGUGCACCUUUAGAAGAUGCUAGACAUCUAGCCCAGAGAUAUGACCGAAUGAGGCAAGAGGCUGAAGCCCAGGCUGUUGAAGUUUCAAGACGGCAAAACAGAGCGAGAGAAUCUGCUGCAAAUGGAGAAAUGUCAAAGCUAGAAGCUGCUGAAUACAAACUUGAAGAACUUAAGUCAAGCAUGGUGGGAUUAGGGAAGGAAGCUGUUGCAGCGAUGGCUGCCGUUGAGGCUCAACAGCAAAGAUUGACAUUACAACGCCUUAUUGCGAUGGUUGAAGCUGAAAGAGCAUACCAUCAGAAAGUUCUGGAAAUUCUUGACCACCUGGAACAAGAAAUGGUAUCUGAGCGUCAAAAGAUUGAAGCACCUCCGACCCCAUCAGAAGAAAGUUACAUGGCACAGCCACCACCAUCUUAUGACGAAGUCAAUGGCAUGUUUGCAUCCUCCUCUGUCGAUGAUUCAGUGACAUCUGUAGAUUUCUUCCUUGGAGAGGCCCUUGAUUCCUUCAAGGCUGAAAGUGAGUCUGAGCUUAACUUGUCGCUUGGAGACAUUGUUAUUGUCCGGAAGAUAUCAAGCAAUGGUUGGGCAGAAGGCGAAUGCAAGGGAAAAGCAGGAUGGUUCCCACAUGCUUAUAUCGAAAGACGAGAGCGAGUUCUAGCGAGCAAAGUUCCACAUAUUUUCUAGGGUCUUCGAGGAUGAAUGUGUGUAGUUUUGAUUUCACUUGUUGGAACAGUAUAUACGUCUUUGCUCCCACUUAAAGCUUCCACGUGAUGCUUUCUGAUUCAUGUGUAUAGACUACAUUUUGUGCUAUUGACAACUUUUUAGUCACAUGUCACAUCGGAUUUUUGACACUAAUUUGAAGUAUUAAACAUAGACUAAUAAAAAAACUAAUUUCA